AUGGCAUUUGGGGGUUAUAAUAAGUCUCCUAGUAGAGAGGAUGGCUCUUCAUCUGGUGAUAAAUUUGAAACUAUGGAGGAAAAUCCUUUCUAUACCUUAAAUGCAAAAGAUAAUAAUGGCAGCCAUGAUGAAACCCUGACUGUUGAGGAACAGGAGGAGAGGCAAUGGGAUGCAAUCAUACUGAAAAUGGAUGACUUAACUGGAGAUGAAUCCAAAAUGGCAAAGGCUCUUAGGAGACAACCAAAUUGUAGAAGAUGGAGGGAUGUGAAUAGGGAUCAAAGUGAAAAAAGGCAAAGAAAUAGCCAAAAUAAUGAAAGAGGGAAUGUAAAUGGGGGAAAUGAUGGGAACUGGAAUAACAACAAUAGGGGUAACAAUAUAAAUAAUAAUAGAGGAGGUAAUGGGUAUGGCAGCAACCAAAAUAAUGGAAAUAACAGAGGUAGCAAUGGCAAUCAUAGAAAUGGAAAUGGUGGAAAUAGAAACAACAAUAAUGGCAAUGGAGGUAAUAAUGGCAAUAAUAACGUUGGUGGAGACAAUGGGAACAAUGGCAAUAAUGGGGAUGGCAGCGAUGGUGGAUUCAACAGAGGAAAUGUGAACAAUCAAAACAAUAAUCAGGAGGAAAAUCAUAAUGAGGAUUGUGAACCUACUAUUAAUGUUCUUUCAUCUGAUCCAUAUUGGGGAAGGGAUGAAGACUCAUCCGAGGGGGAGCAUUUUUCUGAUGUGCAGCAAAGGAGAGAAAAUCAACAUUAUAGUAUACAUCAGGUCUUUUCAGAUGAUGAUGAUGAAGACAUUCCAGCUUUGAGAAGAUUAUUUCAAAAUGAUAUAGUGCCUUUGUUAAAGAAUUUAACUGAGGAAGAAAAGAAAGCCUUCACUAUUGCAGUAGUAGAACAAGUAAAGAUCAAUUAUCAGCUAAGAAAUAGGAAUGAUGAGUAG